AUGCACGACAACCGCACUGCUGAGCUCGAGAAGGGCAGUUCGACCUCUUCAAGAACAUCGAGUCCAGCAGAGGCCAAGCCUCAAGCAUCUGGCCCACCAGAAGCACCUGAAGGAGGCACAAAAGCCUUCCUAUCGCUACUCGGAGGCUCCUUGGGUCUUUUUAUCUCAUUUGGAUGGGUCAAUUGUAUUGCUCUGUUCCAAGCUGAAUAUGAGAACAACCAGUUGAAGACCUAUGGCAGCUCGGAGAUAUCCUGGAUCACUUCGUCCGAAUUUUUCUUCAUGCUGUUCAUGUCGCCAUUAUCUGGAUAUCUAUUCGACAACUAUGGACCACGAUUGCCGAUAUCUAUCGGUGGAUUAAUGCAUGUGAUUGGCCUCAUGAUGACCAGCUUGUCAAGCAAAUACUACCAAUUCUACUUGGCACAGUCGGUUUGCUCAGGGACCGGCACAUCGCUCAUUUUCACUCCAGCAAUGACUGCGCCUAUGACUUACUUCAAAAAGCGUCGCGCUUUGGCAGGAGGAUUGACCGUUGCAGGUUCGAGUCUGGGUGGUGUAAUCUUUCCCCUCAUGGUCAACAACCUCCUUCCAGAGGUCGGCUUUGUAUGGACGAUGCGAACCUGCGCUUUCUUGAUCCUUGGACUCUGGGCUAUUACCAUGCUCACCGUCUCCUCCAACUUGCCCCACGCUCGCAAGGAGUUCAAGCUUGCGAACUACCUUCAGCCUUUCACGGAAUUCAACUUCUUGAUCUUGUUGACGUUCUGCUUUUUCCUUUACUGUAAGCCGUCUAUCAUUAUGUUUCAUCGCACCACAGCUAACCAGAGUUUAGGGGGAUUGUUUGUCCCUUUCGACUACCUUGUCACGUCUGCUGUGCAUAACGGAAUGUCAAUGACUAUGGCCUACAAUCUGAUUCCCAUCAUGAACGGAGCGAGCUUUUUUGGACGUACGAUUCCCAAUGGCCUUGCCGACAAGUACGGCCGUUUCAAUGUGCUUAUUAUCAUGCUCCUUUUCACUGGUAUCAUCACUCUGGCCUUGUGGUUUCCUGGUCGCAGUAACGCGGCCAAUAUUGUCUUCGCCGCUUUGUUUGGUAUCGGAUCUGGCACCACCAUUGGCUUGACACCGCCCCUUGUGAUGGCUCUCUACUCACCUCAGGAGAUCGGGUUUCGAAUCGGGUUGGCUCUUGCUAUCGCAGGCCUUGGUGCCCUUACGAGCCCUCCGAUUGCUGGUGCAAUUGCAGCGACAGAUGGAGGCUCUUACCGCUUUGCGGCCUUAUUCAGUGGCGUGAACUUCAUGGUCGCGACAAUAUUUUUGGUGUGGCUGAGGUGUAGAGUUUCAGGUUGGAAUCCCCUCACAAAAGCUUGA